UGAUUCCUGCUUGUCGCACGCUAGUGAUACAUGAGUCCAGCUCAAGGCGAAAAACGCCAAUCGAUACAAAACAUGGUUUUUGACAACAGCCCCGAUGAUUGCAUUACAUUUUGCGCUUUAUUAAAUUCUGUUGGCUAUCCAGUAAUUUCCUUGGCUAUCCAGCAAAUUUCCUUCAGGCUAUAUUUAUUGAUUUCCAGUUUUAACGGUAUCUUAAAUCCAACAAUAGUUCUAAAUUGACAUGCUGAAAAAUGAGAUGAAAAUUUAGCUUCAAACAAAUUCUUGUUUGUUCGAACGGUGAGCUCAACUUAAAAAAUGUGCGCGGUUAUUUGAGUUUUGAUCGAUUUUUUUUUGCAAAAGUUUACACGACGUCAUGAAUUAUUUCAACCUGGAUUCUCAGAUUAAUCCUUGCGCCAAUUUUAUGGACCCUUUAAUUGACCAUUUCUUGCAACAGUAAUUACAAUACAACCGCUGCUUUUUGCCGUAGUUAUAUUUAUUCUCUGGUGCUCCGAAAACCAGCUAUGAGAGCAGCAAACGUCUCUGGUCUAGCAGCCAACUCGCGAACUCACAAGCGGAAAGUGACCUACUUGUUCCAGCUGGACACUUCUAACAUGGACAAACAAGAGUGCAGAAUGCGCAAACGAAUCUUCUUCCAGCUCCUCAAACAGCACCUUCCUAAUAUCAUGGGCGGAUCCAUCCUCGCGUCUGUAGGCAUCGCUGUCACCAUCGCAAGCCUCUUCUGUCUCAAGCCACUCUCUUGGGACGAUGACCUCUGCUGGUCCCGGUCACGUGCCGAGGUCAUAGCGAGGGCAACCACCGAUAGUGUCUCAACCCUUGCACUUGUGCACUUCAUUUACUUCCUCCGCUACCCCGGACCCUUUUUGACAGGAAUUGGACUCUUUUUCAACAUCAUGGUCAUCCUUUAUCUUCUCUGGCAGACAGAUAUUAAAAUCAAACAGACUUAUGUCCGCAAACCCAAAAUGGACGUCUAUGAACGAGGUUUAGUUAAAUGGAAACGAGACCACGAGUCACUGUGGGACAGCUACUGUGCAGAUUUAACUAACAAGGAGAAGUUACGAAGACGAGAACUAGAGGAGCUUCGAGAUCAAAGCGCCGGGCAUCGCGAUGUCGGGGAAGGUCUCCUGGACAACAGUCUCAGUGACCAGCCGGACGACAACAAUGCCCGUCAGAACGACAGCAGCGGUCGGCGGGACCAACUGCGACAAGCUGCUGAAAAUGUUCUAUUGAGAACGCCUAUUCGCUCGAAAUCGUCAUGUGGCAGUUUAAGUUUCUCUGCUGAUGAACACGAAAAAAGCUUGGAAGCAACUUGUUGAUUUUGUUUACUUUAGUUCCUGCUGAAAUGUAGAGUUUACUAUCGAUCAUUGCUUUUGGUAUCGCUUUAUAUCUUAAUUUUACCAUGUUUUUCUACGUGAA